AUGGAAGUAAAAGAGCGCAAAGAAGAAAACACCGCGGAAGAUCAUACUCUCGAAACAGAAGAAGAGCAAAUCCGAAAAAGAAGGGAAGAGUACACAAAGCUGUCAGAGAAAGACGAGAUUAUUUUCUCUGCCUCUGCGAUUCUUUACAGGUUCCAGCUGGAAACCAAGUCCUGGGUUGGGCGUGGAAAGGGAAAGCUGCGUGUUUCUCUUGAGCCAACUAGCAAGAAGUACAGAAUCACUCAGAUUAGAGAGAAAGUAUUCAAGCUUGGGUGCAAUCACUACAUUGAGGCAGCAACUGUUCUUUCAAAGUAUCCACUGGCAGAGCACUCUUGGAUAUGGACUACAUUUGGAGACGACUGUGGAGAUGGUUUAGACCGAGCACAGAAGUACCUGGCUAGAUUCUCUACUUUGGAAGAGGCAGAAGAUUUCUUUAAUGCGGUUGAAAAGGGACGAAAGACCGCCGAGGGCGCCAAGAAAGACCCAGUUUCUGAGAAGAAGGAUGUUAAGGAUGUUGAAUCUGAGAAGAAGGAUGUUAAGGAUGUUGAAUCUGAGAAGAAGGAUGUUAAGGAUGUUGAGUCUGAGAAGAAGGAGGCCAAGGAUGUUGAGUCUGAGAAGAAGGAUGUUAAGGAUGUUGAGUCUGAGAAGAAGGAUGUUAAGGAUGCCAAAAAGUCUUCUGACUCUGGCGUAGAAGCAAAGGAAACACAUGAGAAAGAAGAUGUUAACUCCGAGAAGAAAAGCAGCAAAAAAGAUGAAAGCUUUUAGAUGAACUGGAAAGAAGCUUGCUUGGAACAGUUCUUACUUGAUUGAUCA